AUGUCUACCACCGCCCUCCCAGCCUAUAGAACUCUGCUCCGUGCAGCCCGUCUCGCCUUCCAAGGUGAUGGGACGACAUUAGCCGCUGCCCGCUCUUCAAUACGUCAAGGCUUCCUCGCAAACGCCUCCCUCGAGCCCACGAGCCCGGAAUAUCCCACCGCCAUCAAACACGCCGAAGAAGUCGCCACGAUAUUACGGCAGAAUGUCGUGCAAGGGAAACGAGAAGGCGAGACAUACAAAUUACGCAUACACGAGGAGACAGAACGAGGCGACAAUGAGAGCAUCAAAUUCGCCGGCACAAAUCUCGGCGCAAGCGGCGGCAAGUGCUGCAGUAGUUGA